CCGCAGGGCCCGCGCCAGCGGCUGCGGCCAAGAUGAAGGUGGUGGAGGAGCCCAACGCCUUCGGGCUCAACAACCCGUUCCUGCCCCAGACCAACCGCCUGCAGCCCAAGCGGGAGCCAUCGCCGCUCUCUGGCUAACACAGUGGUGCACACACACAUCCCAGCUGCUCUGGAGGCUGAGGCAGGAGGACCACUGGAGCCCAGGAGUGGGAGAUCCUGUCUGGCGGGAGAGGCCACUGCUGCAGCACCUAAAAAAUGAGGGACAGAAAGCCAGGGCCUGCGCAUCUCUUCAGACUCUCUGGCAAGUGCUUCAGCCUGGUGGAGUCCACGUACAAGUAUGAAUUCUGCCCAUUCCACAACGUGACCCAGCAUGAGCAGACCUUCCGCUGGAACGCCUACAGUGGGAUCCUCGGCAUCUGGCAGGAGUGGGAGAUCACCAACAACACCUUCACAGGCAUGUGGAUGCGGGACGGUGACUCCUGCCGCUCCCGGAGCCGGCAGAGCAAGGUGGAGCUUACCUGUGGGAAGAGCAACCGACUGGCCCAUGUGUCUGAGCCAAGCACCUGCAUCUAUGCGUUGACCUUUGAGACCCCCCUUGUCUGCCACCCCCAUUCUUUGUUAGUGUACCCGACCCUGCCAGAGGCCCUGCAGCAGCGGUGGGGACAGGUGGAGCAGGAACUGGCUGAUGACCUGAUCACUCCACAGGGCUAUGAGAAAUCGCUGAGGGCACUUUUUGAGGAUGCUGGCUACUUAAAGGGUCCAGGAGAAAAGGAACCCACCCAGCAAGAAGGAGGGACAACAGGCCUGGGGUUUGAGACCCUGGACAACUGUAAGAAGGCACACUCAGAACUGUCAAAGGAGAUAAAGAGGCUUGCCAGUCUGCUGAGCCAGCACCACAUCCCCCACGCCAAGCCCACAGAAACCUCCCACUCUGAGCACCUGGGCCAGCACUCUCCCACAGACGGGGUCUCAGAGCAGCUGAGAGGUGAUCCAGGACUGCGUGGGAACACCUCCUGACCUGGGCAGCCACGUGGGCAGGAGGAGACAGUGCAGAGCCUCUGUGUCCUGCAGCAGGCAGGCAGAGCCCUGGAGCCCACCUAUGCAGGGAAGAUGAGGCUCCCCCGAGCCUAUCCACCAGGCAGAGGCACCCAUGAGGACCUGCUGGCCAGGCAUUGUGCUGAGAAACACAGACAAAAUAAAGAUUCAAAGUUUUAAUUAA